AAAGGUUUUGUGGUUAGGAAGUGGCACGAUUGGUCAGAACGUUCUGUGUUGAUUGAGGUUAUUGUCGGAAAACGCUUGAAGAAUGAGCGGACAGUUUAUCACAGAUGCACCUAAAGUCACAGCCGACAGCUUCGUUGACUAUUUGACAUCAGACGACACUCUGGUCCACUUCUUCAAUGAGUUCUUGAGCCUGCCGUCCUUCUCCCAGGCCGUCACCUACAACCGGCAGACUGGUGUGUUUGAAGAGGUGAGCGAUGCGGCAGAGUCUCUCUCCAGGACCAUCCACUCAGCCUUGAAACACUGCAAAUCCAAACUCUUCUCUGACCCGUCAUGGCUUACUGCUACCCCACUGGUUGAUAACCACUAUUCUGUCCUCUACUUGGACCAAAAUCAAGGAUUGCAAUGGAUCCUAAAAGAAAGACUACCCUUUUUUAUUCAGAGCGACUGCUACUUUGAGUACAGGCUGUGGGCUCAUCACAGGUGCAUCUAUGAUGUCUCUCCCAGGCUGGCAAAGCUGCUCUCUCUGAGGGAUCCUAGAUGCCAGGGACUGGGGGUGCGAGACUCUUCUGGUGCCUCAGUCCAGAGCCCCCUGACCCAGGGGGAGGAGGAGAAAGGGGAGCCACUUACACCCCCUAUCCAAGGACCAACUGUCUACCUCACAGAGGCAGCAACUGCAGGAUGCUGUUACAGAGACUGCAAGUGCCACAGUCCUUCCCGUGGCCCAUUAGACCACCUAGCUGCCAGUCUGGUGGCGGAGGUGCUCCGAGACGUGGGGACAGAGAUGGACGACUACCUCAACCUGUCAGAGAAAAGAGCAGAGACUACUUACGAGUGCUGUAUCCAAUCAGAGCAGAGGACAGUGGCUAAUCGCUGUGGGAUGGGCGUGUCCAGUGAGAUGGACAGAGGUAUCAAACUGAAGGAGGGGGGCAGGAUGGGGGCAGACCAAGAACAUGACCUUGAUGCUGGUUUCCAUGUUGCAAGUAUCUAUGGCAGCAGACAGGGUAUUGAGGAGUUCAAAGCGUUUCUACGAGGAACCCCUGGAGAGAAGAUGCUAGGUCUCUGGAUGGACAUAGAGAGACUCAAGACCAUGGAGGAUGACGACCCAAAACACAGACACCUGAUCCAGAUGAGGCAGUGCUACCUGCUGAGCAGCACCGGGGAGGCCAGGCUCAGUGUGGAGCUGCUGUCCAGGCUGGGGCUGGCUACCUCCCCCUGCUGGAGGGAGGACAAACUGUACCCGAUCCAGCCCUGCAUCACACAGGCACUGCUGCUGUACUGGGGUCCGAGGUUCCUGUCAGCCCGGUCUGGGUCUGAGGACGGUCAGGAGUGUGACCUCAGGCUGCGGGAGAAGAGACAGCUACGUCCUCCCUCGGGUAUCGACCCCAGUCCCCGCUGUGUCACACUCCACCCCCUGCGCCCCGUCACCUGCUUCCCCUCGGCUCUCACCUCUGCUGACCCUCAGCCAGGAGGCCCCAGCUGUAGCCCCAGUCCUGUGCUGGGGGGGCGGAGGAUGGAGAGGAUGCUGACAGCCCUGCAUGUGGACCCCCAGGCCGGACACUUCUUCACUGGCUUCUGUGAGCGUUCUGGAAACCAGCUGUGGCACAAUGCUGCCCUCUGCUGGUGGGACCUGCAGCAGUACCACACACUCUUCUAUCAGGAUGGACUGGAUCCCUACAGAGUAAAGAGACUUGCUCAGAUGCUCUACUCCACCUACGUGUGCAGCGCAGCCCAGAGGGGUGUAGGGGUGGUGGAGGAGAUCCGGAGGAGGGUGUACCAGUGCCUCAGCCCCCCUUUUGAGGAGCUGUUUGAUGGGGUGGAGGAACACAUCCUCGCCCUGCUGCUGGAGCCCUGGACACUGCUGCAGAGCAGAGACACGCACUCCUACCAGAGGGUGUGUGUGCGGGAGGAGACUCGCCAGGUGGACUCUGAGCAGUACAGGGAGCUGCAGACUCUGUAUAGGGAGGCGGAGCAUCGACGCUUCCUGCAGGUGCAGCAGCAGGGCACUUCCGCUCUCCCGCCACCAGAGGGCCCCAAGGCUCCAGACUCCUGGGACAAAGUUCCGGAACGUUACCGUCGCUACCGCCUGGGCUCCCUGCUGCGUCACCGCAUGGAGCUGGAUCACUUCCUGUCCUUCCUGGAGGAACACGCCGCCAGCAUACACCUGACGUGCUGGCUGGAUGUGGAUCAGCUCAGAAGGACACCUCAGAAAGACAAGGUCACACGAGAGGAGAGGUCCAAAGACAUCAAGACCAAGUACCUCAACAGGAAGUACUUGUUUGGAACAGGAAGUCCCGCCUCUGCUGAGCAGCAGGAGGAUCUACUGCGGCUGGCUGGGGGAUGGGGCCGCCUGCAGCAGGGCCGUCUCUCUGGUGCGGUCCUGGUGGAGGUCCAGAACAUCGUCAGGGGUUACCUGGAGAAGGAGUGGCUUCCCCUCUUCCUGGCCACGCCCCAGUUCUACCAGAGACAGACACUCAAGCCCCAGGCAGCAGACUCCGUGUCAGACCAGGUGUAUCAGAGACACAGGAAGAAGAGAGAGGUGUGGAAGGCUGACGGCUCCAGGAUGAGCUCGUCCCAGGAGGUGCUGGCCCUGAGGAGAACCCUGCUCCAUCCCUUCACCUGCCUCCAGUUCCAGACCUUCGUCUCCCUGAAGGGCCACUUCCUGGAGAACGACGUGCUCUUCUGGAUGGAGGUGCAGAGGUACAAGGACCUGUGCCACUCCCACUGUGACGAGGCUGUGGUGCAGAACAAGGUGUCCACCAUCAUCAGCUGCUUCCUGAACUCGUCCGUGCCCCCCGCCGUGCAGGUGGACGUCCCCCCCGAGCAGGUCCAGAACAUCCUGGAGAGGAGGGCCGAGCUGGGGCCCUACGUCUUCAGAGAGGCCCAGAUGUCAGUGUUCAGUGAGCUGCUGAAGCUGUGGCCCCAGUUCCAGGCGUUCAGGAGUGGUGUUGAGGAGGAGGAGGUGCUGCCACUCCUGGAGAAGAGGAGGAGGAAGCAGAGAGAGAGACUCCUGCGCCGGAGGAGGAGAGAGGAGGAGGAGGAGAAGAAGAAAGAGGAGCAGGAGCAGGGGGCCCUGUCUGAGGAGGAGGAGGAGGAGGAGGAGGAGGACAGACUGACGGGACAGACAGGGAGACAGAGCAGAGAGCUGUCUUACCCCAGCCAGCAGAUGGCGUGGUCUUACUCCAUGUACAUGAUGGCCCUGGAGAGGGAGGAGCUUCUGCUGAGAAGACACGCCCACCUAGAGCAGGGCGGAGCCUCUGACUCCACUGUCUCAGAUUCGUUGUCGUGUCCCAGUGUGAGGUCAGCAGGCAGCAGACCCCGGCACUCCAUCCUGUCUCCCAGAGCAGAUAGCGCUCCCCUCCCCAACAUGAAGUAGAGAUGACCACCUCUUCAAUGGAAUGUAGGAAUGACUGGAUUAAUUUAUUGAUGAAGGGAUGUUUUGUUUUUUGAAAUGUCUCUUGUACAGUAGAGCUUAUAAUUACUACUCGUGCGUGUAGUUAUAAUUGGUUAUAAAAGACAGUAAUGUGAAACUGACCGAUGUAUUCAACGAUAAACCUGAUUGUAUCAAUCAACUCACCUAGAUUUAAAUUUGAAUAGAUGACAAAAUAAUUACAAUUAAAUACUGAACUUAUUAUUC